AUGUGGUCAUCUUCAAGCAGCGGCAAGAAGCCGGCGAAUUCUGUGAGUUGCUGUUCUUUGCGCCUCCCCGCGCCGCGAUGCUCGCUCUUUCAGGACACUGACAACCCCGCUGUCGCAGGAGAUGGUCCAAGUUGCUCCUCAUCACCAUUCUGGCGACCACAGCUCGAGAGGAAUUCUUCUAGACGAAGUGUCACGGCGCCAGCGCCGCGCGAUCCCAAUGCCGUCAUUGGGGCGGCGUAUUCGCAUGCCGACAUGCUGAAGCUUGAUGCUCUUAAUGUCUCGAACUCUUCCUCACGACCUAAAACGCCUCCCUCAAGUUCGACCUCUAGGUCACGGCCCAGCGAUGCCUCUCCGCCCCAGAAACACAAUUCUGGCCGCAAGUCCCCACCCUUCAAGAGUUACAUCAACUUUCUCUCCAACACAAACGACGACUGGAAUACUGAAGAAGAUGAGAUGGGCUACGACGAUGACGAUGGCGACGACUUUGGAUUGCCCAGUCUUUCCAAUAUGAAGCGAAGAAGUCGCAAGAUGGCAGCGCAGCAACAGAGCAACGCCGCCGUCCCGCCAAGCUCGUUCAGCAAUUCAUUUGGAAGCUAUGGCCGACAUGCGUCUGACAGUGCAGACAUUGCUGUCGAACGGCCUGUGUCUUCUUAUCCUAUGCCACGUAAGAGUGAGGGAAAGAUUCUCAGACCGCAAUAUAAAGACAUUCUCAAAGGUGUGUUGGCUCGACGGCUUCCAAGAAAGAUGCUAAUCAAGACAGAUCCUGCCAACGCACUACACCUAAUAAACUAUCCCUCUGUCUCCACUAAUGCCACGCCGAAAGAGGCUGAUGCCAUCAACUCUCGAAUUACGCGAAUAAACAAGUUCAAACGACUGCUGCAGGCAACUUCGCUCUCGCUACCAGACUUAAGGGCAUUGGCCUGGUCAGGGGUGCCAGAAGAAGUGCGCGCUAUGACGUGGCAGCUUUUACUUAGCUACCUGCCAACAAAUAGCGAACGUCGAGUCGCAACGCUUGAACGGAAGCGAAAGGAGUACCUGGAUGGGGUGAAACAGGCCUUUGAACGAGUGGGGACGAGCAGCACACCGGGGAAGUCGCGUGGCCUGGAUGAGGCUAUCUGGCACCAGAUCAGCAUCGACGUGCCCCGAACGAACCCACAUAUUGAACUGUACAGCUACGAGGCGACACAGCGAUCUCUUGAACGAAUAUUAUACGUCUGGGCCGUGCGGCACCCUGCGAGCGGAUACGUCCAGGGCAUCAACGACUUGGUUUCGCCGUUCUGGCAGACGUUCCUUGGUCUGUACAUUGCCGACCCGAAUGUUGACUCUGGCAUGGACCCCGGGCAGCUACCACGAACGGUCCUGGACGCCGUGGAGGCGGAUUCGUACUGGUGCCUAGCGAAGCUUUUGGACGGUAUCCAGGACCAUUAUAUCGUUGCACAACCGGGCAUUCAGCGUCAAGUGACUGCCUUGCGCGACCUGACUGCCAGAAUAGACUCGACCCUGUCCAAGCACCUCGAAAAGGAAGGCGUGGAGUUUAUCCAAUUCAGUUUUAGAUGGAUGAACUGUCUGUUGAUGCGAGAGAUUAGUGUCAAAAACACGAUUCGCAUGUGGGACACAUAUCUAGCUGAGGAACAGGGGUUCUCCGAGUUUCAUCUAUAUGUUUGUGCUGCGCUUUUGGUCAAGUGGUCCGACAAGCUUGUCAAGAUGGACUUUCAAGAGGUCAUGAUGUUCCUCCAGAGCCUGCCCACUAAGAACUGGACGGAAAAGGACAUUGAGCUGCUCCUCAGCGAGGCUUUUAUUUGGCAGAGUCUGUACAAGGGGUCAGCGGCACAUCUCAAGGGCGGGCCGACUAGGCCGCUUCUUUCGGAUCUGCAGCUGUAG